AUGAAGAGGAGUUUGAGCGAGAUCGAUUCCGACGAUGAUGACUUCUCCGAGGAACUUAAGACUGGAAGGGACAGAAUCAACACCAGUUUGUCUGAACUCAGGAGACUUGUACCGUCUGCUUUCGAAAAACAGGGCUCAGCCAAAUUGGAGAAAGCGGAGAUUUUACAGAUGACAGUGGAUCAUCUGAAGAUUUUACAUCAGAAAGGUGUCAACAGUUACAAUUUCGAUCCUCACACGGUUGCAGUUGAUUACCGAGGUGUUGGAUUCCGAGAAUGCGCCGCUGAAGUGGCUCGUUACCUGGUCGCCGUCGAGGGACUCGACUUGCAAGAUCCACUGCGCUUGCGUCUUCUAAGCCACCUACAAUGUUUCUCUGCCCAGCGCGAAGCCUCAGCCAAGGCGUCUCUACACGGAAACGCCUGGGGAGGUGUAGGCAGCAUGACAGCGAUGGCCAGCCACAGCACCUUCACCGCAGCCCAAUACCCGGGCCCUUCCAUGACUUCGCCGAUGACUCAACACCACAGUUUAAACCAGUCUGAACAAAUGUCCCACAUGCCUACCUCUUCCCAUCAAGGCGGAGUCGUUGGGGGUUCACAAGGCGUCUACCCACCAACCUCAUCAUUCGACACAUCCCGACACGGACAAUCAGAUUCUCUCUUAUCUGGACACAUGCGACUCUCCGGAAGUGUUAACACAUCAGCGGCAGCGCCGAUAACUCCCAUGAACCACAACUCCGUUGGUCAGUCCCAGUUAUCACCUCCCUUGUUUUCAACGCUUCCCAACCUGCACACGCAGUUCCCAAUGUCUACGCUUAACAUGAACUCUGUCUCGUCAAUGAUGGCUGCCCAGAACUCGAACACUGCUUACCAGAGCCAGUUACAUAAUCUCGGCAACAAUGUAAAACCAUACAGACCCUGGGGUGGUGAGCUGACCUAUUGA